AACAAAGAAACAACCAAAAAAAACCCACUCCCAUGUUUCCCUCAGGAUUUUCAAACUAUAACUUUCAGUUAUAACUCAUCUCGGUCAACUAAGGCUAUGUCUACCCUAUAGCAUUCACAGCUGCAGUGGGCUGGCCCCGUGUUUGGGAGUGGCAGGGGAUUCAUUCAUGGUCUUUUUCCUCUUUCAGGUGCUGGCAAGAGUCAUCAUGGUGCACCUUGCUCACCUCCUUAUGAAAAAUUAUCAUGGAGGACACGUAGCUAUCCGAUUGGCUCUUGGUGGCUGUGCCAACAGACCCUUCUUCCGUAUAGUGGUCGCAUAUAACAAGCGAGCUCGGGACAGCAAGUAUUUGGAGCAAGUGGGCUGUUAUGACCCGCUUCCAAAUGGCCACAACGAAAAGCUGGUUGGCUUGAACAUCGAGAGACUCAAACACUGGAUUGGUUGUGGAGCACACAUCACAAAACCAGUUGAAAAACUUCUAGGUCUUUCUGGAUUUUUCCCAUUGCAUCCUAUGACCAUCACAAAUGCAGAAAGAUUAAGGAAGAGAAGAGCCUUGAAGGCCAUAACAGCUUCUGAGGAAGAAACUCCAGGUGAUUGAUAACAUCUGUCUGAACUGAAUUACUCAAAAGAUUACUGUACAGACAAGGAUCAGAACAGUGUGCCAGCUCAAAAGACAAUAUAUUUACUACAGGGAAAACCGAUAGUGGAUGUGAAUUCUUUCAUAAGAACAUUAAAGUAUUUUAAGGCUUUAGGAGGCCUCAGACAAGGA